AUGAACAAGAUGCUCUCGAAUAGAUUCCCCUAUAUUAUUGUGAACAAUAAAAAUUAUCAAAAAAUAUGUAAGAUUCAUACCACAUCCUUCAGCAACACAGCUUUUAAAGCUGGUGAUAAAAUUAGAAUUCAAAAAACAUUAACACAGAAAGAUUUGGAUGCAUUCUCAAAUUUGACUGGGGAUCAUAAUUAUCUCCAUCAGAACAGCGGAAACGUAAGGCCAAUUGUACAUGGAGCAUUACUGAAUGGCUUAGUGGCCGGACUCAUUGGUACACAUUUACCAGGACCCGGCACAGUACUUGUAUCGCAAACAAUGAAAUUCCCAAACAAAUGUUUUGUUGGAGAAAAACUUACGAUAAGCGUCGAACUUGUUGAUGUCAGAAAAAUACUCAAAGUGAAAUUUUUUUGUAUUGUGGAAGAAGAAAAGAAAGUUGUAUUUGAAGGCGAAGCUAAAUUAAUUUUAGCUAAAGACUCUUAA